AUGAGAGAUGGCAAUAGAAAACAAACCUGCGGAGGAAUUUGACACAGUAUUCAAUAGAAAUGACUCCCUGGAGCUAUCGUCGCAUCACGAUUAUGAAAGCCUUAAAGCUCGUAUAUUCAAGAUCAUAGUAAUAGGAGAUUCCAAUGUAGGAAAGACGUGUUUGACGUUCCGGUUCUGCGGCGGUACCUUCCUCAAGAACCCGGAGGCGACGAUCGGGGUUGAUUUCAGAGAGAGGACGCUGGAGCUGGAUGGAGAAAGUAUCAAGUUGCAGAUUUGGGACACAGCAGGUCAGGAGCGCUUCAGGAAGAGCAUGGUGGAGCACUACUACCGCAGUGUCCAUGCCGUCAUCUUUGUGUACGACAUGACCAGUCUGGCCUCCUUCGAGAGCCUCCCCGAGUGGAUUGAGGAGUGCAGCCGUCACUCUGUCUGCACCAUGGUGCCGCGCAUCUUGGUGGGGAACAAAUGUGACCUGAGAGAACGCCGAGAGGUGCCCACGUCGCUCGCACAGCGCCUGGCUGAUGGUUACAACUACCCGCUGUUUGAGACCUCCGCCAAGGACCCAGCUGAGAAGGAACAUGUGGACGCUAUCUUCCUGACACUAGCCUACAGGUUGAAGUGUCAUAAGCCACUGAGACUGAAGCAGCCAAGCGAGAACAACGUUAGACAUCUUUGGUAUCAGAGAGAACAGGAGGAGGAAACCUGUCAAUGCUGAGGACAUGCGUGUCCCGUGUAGGCGUAUGCAGGGCAUCUCUGAAAACCACCAAACCAUUUCAUGUAUUGAGCUUCUACAUCUUAAUGUUGAAUUUGGAAAAAUACGGUCAGCAGGUACGAUGAGCAGACAGGAUUUCCACUCACUCGCUUGUUGUGAGGCAACGUACUGGAGAAAGCAUUUUAUUUGCACAAUAUAGAAUUGACAAUUCAGCACUACGCAUGUGAAUGGAUGUGAGAUUAUAUCAAAAUAGCUGUGGCUCAAUCUGCACAUGAAUUCACUUUAAAUCAAAUGAUGUAGGGUCACCAGAUAUCAAACAUAAUAUGCAGAUAAAAAAAUAGUUUAUCUGUUCAGACAAGAAAGCAAAUACAAGUAAAAACAACAAAUAUUUCAGUUAGAGGGACCAGUAUAAGAGGCAAGUCUAAACUGUGAAGAAAGACAUGCAUUUGUUUAAAAUUUCAAGGAUUUUGAUACUUCUUGAGAAAACACUAUCAUAGCAUUCAUUUUGAUUCCGUUAAGAACCAGUCAUUUCAAAAAAUGUUGACUUAACCAGUUUGUCAUGAGGAGUCAUACAUCCCAUUAUAUCUGAAGAAACUAUGACACUAAAGACAAUAUGUAACAAUCCUCUGAGACAAAUUGUGAAUUA